AGGAACUGAUGAAUUUGGUGAGGUGGUUCACAACAGUAUGUAUCGCAACUUGUGGUCUAAUGGUCCGAAAGAAGCUUUGGAAUAUCCUGACUACACGUUUGAAGAACAUUUUGGUAAACCAAUUGCCUCCUUUCCACCCAGAGAAGUACUGCGCGACUACCUCAAAGGUCAGUCUUUUGCCAGUGUCAAGGUUCUUGGUGAUUGUUGUAUAUACAAUGUGUUUCUGCCGGUUGGUCAAUCGUUCGGUUAGGCAGUCAGCCAGUCAGUUACUCUGAAUAUGUGUAUUAUCAAAACCGUGGAUGCUUCCUGUCGCCCGAAAAAACGUGUGUCACACACGUGUGUUUUUGUGUAAAAUCAUGCAGGAAUGCGACUACAUUCCUAUUAUUGUUAAAAACAAUAACACGUGCAAAAGGUUCAAGAAAAUAAUGCUUAUGAUUUACUUACCCGGGACAAAAAUUAUCAAAUAGACAGAAUAAAUCGUUUAUUCUCACAUAUGAUUUGGUGUAGCAUUUUUUCACGCCCUAUGUUAUCCGUGAACAGCCCCUAAGGUUAUCAUUUACAACUGAUUUCUUGCAUGAUACUAAAACGUUUCCUUCAGGAUUUCGACAAUGACAACAAACUUACUGUAAUGGCGUCCAAGCUCGUGUGAAAAGCGCAUUAUAUACAGUAUAUUGAGCACUGCAUAGUGGAAUAUUGCUGGCUUUGCAGUUUUUAAUACGAAUUCCUUUAAUUUUAUCAGGUCGUUGGACAAAAGCCGAUAUUCGUUCAUGGGUAAAUUUGAAUCACAAAGUACACGAUGUACAAUACAAUGCUGCCUCUGAUAACUUCACUGUGCAGGUGAAGGACUUGGUGAACGAUCGAUAUCUUCCCGCCCAAACUUUUGAUUACGUCAUCGUUGCUACUGGUCACUUCUCUGUGCCACACCUGCCUGAUUUUCCUGGGCUAAACAAGUUCCCUGGCCGAGUUAUGCACUCUCAUAAUUUCCGUGAUGCACGAGAGUUCAAGGACAAGCGUGUACUACUGAUUGGUGCAAGUUACUCUGCAGAAGAUCUUGCUCUACAAUUGACGAAGUAUGGAGCUGGUAAUAUCAUUUGCACUUACCGCACUCGACCGCUGGGCUUCAAGUGGCCUGAUAACGUAUCUGAACGACCUCUGUUGGUCAAAGUCGAUGGAAAUACGGUUCAUUUUAAAGAUGGAAGCACAGCUGAAGUGGAUGCGAUUAUCUUAUGCACCGGCUACCUUUACUCGUAUCCAUUUCUGAAGGAUGCCAGUUUACAGCUGAAAACCGGCAAUGUGCUGUUCCCCGAUGGUCUGUAUAAGAAUACUCUGUGGAUAAAAGGUGGAAACAAGAGGUUGAUGUAUCUGGCAGCGCAAGAUCAGUACUACACAUACACAUUGUUUGAUAUCCAAGCAAAAUGGUGUGUAAAGUACAUCAUGGGCGAGAUCACACUGCCAAGUCAAGCUGCCAUGGAGGAAGACGUUAAGAAAUGGGUGUGCAGGUAUAUAAAAAUAUUCUAGCUUUAAUAUUAUAUCCUUUAUGUUUUAUAGUACUAAACUGAACGCAAAGAUGCGUAAAAUAUUGACAAGGUGCAUAUAUUAUAAAUAUUGUCUUAUUAAGAAAUAUUGUCUUAUUAAGAAAUAUUGUCUUAUUAAGAAAUAUAUAUAUAUAUAUAUAUAUAUAUAUAUAUAUAUAUAUAUAUAUAUAUAUAUAUAUAUAUAUAUAUAUAUAUAUAUAUAUAUAUAUAUAUAUAUAUAUAUAUAUUAAGAUGAAAAUGUUCUAGAGUGUGUAAUUAUAUAAUUUCCAUACCCAGCGCAAGCAGAAAGAUAUUGUCUGCCGCGGCUUGAUCUCGAACCCGCGACCUUCGAAUUACUAGAUCGACGCUCUACCUACUGAGCUACACGGUCAGACGGAUUUAAAACUGGAAAUUAUGAAAUCCGUCUGACGUCUGACUCUUAAAUCCGUCUGACCGUGUAGCUUAGUAGGUAGAGCGUCGAUCUAGUAAUUCGAAGGUCGCGGGUUCGAGACCAAGCCGCGGCAGACAACAUCUUUCUGCUUGCGCAUAUAUAUAUAUAUAUAUAUAUAUAUAUAUAUAUAUAUAUAUAUAUAUAUAUAUAUAUAUAUAUAUAUAUAUAUAUAUAUAUAUAUAUAUAUGCGUUUCCCUCAUGACAAUAUAUCGUUGGCGAGCCAAUAAAUCUCGUAAAAACAUCAUUUACAUUGUGAAUUGUCCCUUGGAACAUCGCAAAAUAAAGUGUUUUUCCGCGUCUGACAUCAUUAUAAGAAAGUCUAGUCGUCAUUAUAAAUGAAGUCAUAAGUCACAAUCAGUGUAGCUUUAAAAUGGAUGGAGUGUUGGUAUAGUGGAUAUCCUGUCAUUUUUAGAUCAUUUCAGUGCACAAUUUAUAUAAAUCACAUACCAUACCUCCCUCAAAUGAGUCUGUCUUUCUGAUUUCUCGGGUGGAGCUAAUUAGAAAAGACAAAGAAAAAUUCCGCUCCGCACACAAAAUUCCGCCUAAUGGAAAACUGGUUCUUUAGUCUAUAUUUCCUUAUUCUAUCAAUAAAAAAAGCCGUAUACUUCUGCUGAAAACAAAAUUUCCGUUUCAGAUGAAAAUGACUUUUUUACGAAAUUUACGUGUAAUAUACCUUUUGAAUAAUAAAGAUGUUAAAAAUGCGGCAUGCAAGGAUGGACGUGGAUUUUGGCGUAAAUGCUGGGGGAGGUUAAUCUCGUAUAGCCCCUGGUUACGAGAUUGGGGGAGGUUAGGCUUUAAGACGAACACCCCCCCCCCCUGAAGUCAACUACGUGACGUACGGGGGGGGGGAGGGGGAUGGCAAAGAUAUCUGAAUAACAAUUUUACAAAAAAUUUAUACUCUCUCUUAGGAAGCCAAAGUUGCAUUUUGCGCAAUUUUCCCCGAUGUUCUGGAUCUCUGAGUUUACCAGAUCAGUCAAUCAGACAUUCUUAUUACUGCCUCAAACUUGAAAAUACGAAACUAGUACAGAAAAAGUAUAGAGUUAUGACUCAAAUUCAAUAAAAUGAUCCUGUUUUGAAAUGAAUAGAGAGAAGACGCGUGCAGCACGUGUAUUCGUGCAAUGCUGAAAUGUUUGCGUUUUUAUUGCCGAGUGUUUGGAAGGAAUAAUAUACUAAAUAUAUACAUUUCAGAAACCAAUCUUUGAAAGGUUGUCAUGACGACAUCGAUUUCCAAACCGAUGUUGUAGCGGAUAUUGACAAAGAUGCUGACUACGGCUACGAUUUAGACGUCGCUUCUCUCUUUCACGCUUGGGAGAAUUACAAGGCGGAGGAAAUCGCUACAUACCGCGAUCAUCCUUUCACAAGCAAGUUUUCUGGCACGAAAUCACCUGUCCACCACACGCCAUUUAUGAAAGCGAUGGAUGAUUCAUUGGAAUGUUUCAUGAAAGAACCCGGCCAGUAAGAAUGGCGUUUAAUAUCGACAUUGGACAACUGAAAUUACAAACUAAUUUAGUGACUAAAUUGAUUAUUAUAAAAGUACUUAUACAGUAACUAAACUAUCACCUAUAUGGCCUCUAAAAUUUACUAGAUAAUUGAUCCACCGCGCGAAUAAGAAAACUCUGUUGAAAUCAAACGCAUAGCCAUAGUCAACACGUAACAGGUUAUGAACGCGCGUACUUAUAUAUGUAGAAACUAGAAAACAACAAGACGCUUGCUAAGCGUUUACUCGAGCUACAGGAUUUGCAAAUUGCAAAAUAUCGUAUUCAGCGUUUUCAGAUCAAUGAUUGACAUCAAAAUUUACUACAUUUAAUAUCUUACAUGGUACUCCUUUAAAGUGCAUUAUUCACCAAUAAAUCGAGCGGGCUACUUUGUGGCGCAGUGGUUUAGGCGCCGCUUUCGAUGCGUGGUUCUUGCAGUUCAAAUCCCGUAUGACACAGUUUUAUAUUUUCAAAUUAAAAUUUUUUUUGUCUGAUUUUAAGGUAAGGUCUUAGGAGUAGGAGUUAGGCAGCCUAGUCCCAGGCUCUCUCUCUAUUCGCUGCUUUGAUAUAUUUAAAUAAGUCUUAAAAGUAUUAUGCCUGGGUCUGCUGUGCGGAACGCUUCAGCGAGAGAGCCUAGCAGAUUUCGGUAAAAUGGUCCCUGAUUUCAAGAAAGUGGUCCCUGGCCUGGUUACCAAGCGUACCUCAUUUGUAAAUGGAAAAUGUUAUGGAAAUUUCCUUUGCAUUUAUAAUUAAGUCAUUAGUUUUGCUCUAAUGCUGUCAGAACAAUGAAAUAGGCUACGUUUCGCUGCCAUACGGUCAGAAUGGAAUAACAGGCUAAAUAUGACUCGUGUUUACUAAAAUAUUUAGCCAUAUUAAAUGCUAUCUAGAAGCUUGAAAAUUAUGCCGAGUCUCCGACUAAAAAUGUAUUGACAACAUCGUCUUGUCAGGCAAAUAUUUCCAAUCUCCUCAGCAAUUUAAACCUGUCAAGUAGAAAGCGUAGUUGUGUAUACCAGUAUGGUCUAGUGUUGAUCACAACUUACGAGUAUAUAAAUAACAUCGAUUGCUCAAACUUGGUAUCGUAAAUUUGUAUAUAAAUUUUUUUAGUUGAGCACAUUUUUAAUACGGUUUGAUUUGGUUAUGUAGACAUCGAACAUGUACGUGAUGAACGAACAUUGUCGUAUUUAUAAUUAAAAGGUUACUUGUAUAUAUAUAUUUUUCGCCAUAUUAAAAAUACUGAAAUCUGCUAGGCGUUCUGAACAUAGAUAUAGGAGAUCUAGAUUGCUAACGCAUACCUAGCGCAGGCGGGGCCUACAUGAUAAAUCCAAGAUGGCGGUACAAGAGGGCAAAAAGACUAUAGAUUCUAUUACGAAAAUCAAGAUUUUUGCAUUUUUUGCCGUCGCAUUGUUUUGAAACUUAUUCGGUCAAAUUUUAUGGUAAAGAGAAACUUACCGCGAAGAUUUUGAGCAUAUAUAUGAUUGAAUUGGAUGAAAACUCGCAAAAUUAUCCAGCGAUAAAAGUUCGUGUGAAAUGGUCAGUU